UGGCGGAGGCCCCGCCCCCGGCGGCAGGAACCUGGAGGGAGGCGGAGGAAUAUGUCCGAGAGGGAAGUGUCGACAGUGCCGGCGGGAACAGACAUGCCUGCGGCCAAGAAGCAGAAGCUGAGCAGCGACGAGAAUAGCAACCCGGACCUCUCUGGAGACGAGAAUGAUGAUGCUGUCAGUAUAGAAAGCGGUACCAACACAGAACGCCCUGAUACACCUACAAAUACGCCAAAUGCACCUGGAAGGAAGAGUUGGGGGAAGGGAAAAUGGAAAUCAAAGAAAUGCAAAUAUUCUUUCAAAUGUGUAAAUAGUCUCAAGGAAGAUCAUAAUCAACCAUUGUUUGGAGUUCAGUUUAACUGGCACAGUAAAGAAGGAGAUCCAUUAGUGUUUGCAACUGUAGGAAGCAACAGAGUUACCUUAUAUGAAUGUCAUUCACAAGGAGAGAUCCGGUUGUUGCAGUCUUAUGUGGAUGCUGAUGCUGAUGAAAACUUUUACACUUGUGCGUGGACAUAUGAUAGUAAUACAAGCCAUCCUCUGCUGGCUGUUGCUGGAUCUAGAGGCAUAAUUAGGAUAAUUAAUCCCAUAACAAUGCAAUGCAUAAAGCACUAUGUUGGCCAUGGAAAUGCUAUCAAUGAGCUGAAAUUCCACCCAAGAGAUCCAAAUCUUCUCCUGUCAGUAAGUAAAGAUCAUGCUUUACGAUUAUGGAAUAUCCAAACGGACACUCUGGUGGCAAUAUUUGGAGGUGUAGAAGGGCACAGAGAUGAAGUUCUAAGUGCUGAUUAUGAUCUUUUGGGUGAAAAAAUAAUGUCUUGUGGUAUGGAUCACUCUCUUAAACUUUGGAGGAUCAAUUCAAAGAGAAUGAUGAAUGCUAUUAAGGAAUCUUACGAUUAUAACCCAAAUAAAACUAACAGGCCAUUUAUUUCUCAGAAAAUUCAUUUUCCUGACUUUUCUACCAGAGACAUACAUAGAAAUUAUGUCGAUUGUGUGCGAUGGUUAGGUGAUUUGAUACUUUCCAAGUCUUGUGAAAAUGCCAUUGUAUGCUGGAAACCUGGCAAAAUGGAAGAUGAUAUAGAUAAAAUUAAACCCAGUGAGUCUAAUGUGACUAUUCUUGGGCGAUUUGAUUACAGCCAGUGUGACAUUUGGUACAUGAGGUUUUCUAUGGAUUUCUGGCAAAAGAUGCUUGCACUGGGCAAUCAGGUUGGCAAACUUUAUGUUUGGGAUUUAGAAGUAGAAGAUCCUCAUAAAGCCAAAUGCACAACGCUGACUCAUCACAAGUGUGGUGCUGCUAUUCGACAAACCAGUUUCAGCAGGGACAGCAGCAUUCUUAUAGCUGUUUGUGAUGAUGCCAGCAUUUGGCGCUGGGACCGACUGCGAUAAAGUACUUUUCCCAAUCAAAAUUAGCGUGUGUUUUCUGUGUACAAUAGAACUAACGUAUCCUGCUAGUAAGGGCACAUAGAGCAUUUAGAGUUGUCUGUCAGCGUCCGGUCAGGCUGAGCUGAAUGUAGUGAUGUUUACACUGUUUACACUCUUGUACUGUCUCCUGCUCAGACUCUACUGCUUUUAAUAAAAGUUUAUUUUUGUAAAGCUGUGUGUUACUUUAGUUUGUUUUAUUCAUUGUGAUGCAGUGUUGAAAGUAAUAAAAUUACACCUUAUCUUUUU